AUGACGAGGCCUGAGUGUGGAGCGAGUGGGCGCCCUGUGCAGCUGCUUCCCCGAGAGGCCCCGAGUUUAUGGCUCAGGCUGAGUCAGCCCGGGGGACCCAAGCGUCCAGGCUCCCCAGCAGCGGCCGCUCGGGACGCUGGCCCGGUCCUGGGACUGCGGAUACGGACGCGCUGGGCGGUUGACCGGGCAGAUGCCGGGGCUGGACCCGGGGCGAGCGUGCCGGACUCCGGCCGCUGCGCGUGCGCCCGGGCCGCCGGGGGCGCUCGGCCGCCGCGAGCGGGCGACGGCUUCAGCCUGCACCCGCCCUACUUCAACCUGGCCGAGGGCGCCCGCAUCACCGCCUCGGCCACCUGCGGCGAGGAGGCCCCGGCGCGAGGCGCCCCACGCCCCACCGAGGACCUCUACUGCAAGCUGGUGGGGGGCCCCGUGGCCGGCGGAGACCCCAACCAGACCAUCCAGGGCCAGUACUGUGACAUCUGCACGGCCGCGAACAGCAACAGGGCACACCCUGUGAGCAACGCCAUCGAUGGUACAGAACGCUGGUGGCAGAGCCCGCCACUGUCCCGUGGCCUGGAGUACAAUGAGGUCAACGUCACCCUGGACCUGGGCCAGGUUUUCCACGUGGCGUACGUGCUCAUCAAGUUUGCCAACUCCCCUCGGCCGGACCUCUGGGUGCUGGAGCGGUCCACAGACUUCGGCCACACCUACCAGCCGUGGCAGUUCUUUGCCUCCUCCAAGAGGGACUGCCUUGAGCGAUUCGGGCCGCGGACGCUGGAGCGCGUCACGCGGGACGACGAUGUGGUCUGCACCACGGAGUACUCUCGGAUAGUGCCCCUGGAGAACGGCGAGAUCGUGGUGUCCCUGGUGAAUGGGCGCCCCGGGGCCGCGAACUUCUCCUCCUCACCCCUGCUGCGCGACUUCACCAAAGCCACCAACAUCCGCCUGCGUUUCCUGCGCACCAACACGCUGCUGGGCCACCUCAUGGGCAAGGCGCUGCGGGACCCCACCGUCACCCGCCGGUACUAUUACAGCAUCAAGGAUAUCAGCAUUGGCGGCCGCUGUGUCUGCCACGGCCACGCGGAUGUCUGUGAUGCCAAAGACCCCACAGACCCCUUCAGGCUGCAGUGCGCCUGCCAGCACAACACGUGCGGGGGCUCCUGUGACCGCUGCUGCCCCGGCUUCAACCAGCAGCCGUGGAAGCCCGCAACCACCGACAGUGCCAACGAGUGCCAGUCCUGUAACUGCCACGGCCACGCCCACGACUGCUACUACGACCCUGAGGUGGCCCAGCGCAAUGCCAGCCAGAACCAGGACAACGUCUACCAGGGUGGGGGUGUGUGCAUCGACUGCCAGCAUCACACCACCGGCAUCAACUGUGAACGCUGCCUGCCCGGCUUCUACCGCGCCUCAGACCACCCCCUCGACUCGCCCUAUGCCUGCCGCCGCUGCAACUGCGAGUCGGACUUCACCGACGGGACGUGCGAGGACCUGACCGGCCGCUGCUACUGCCGGCCAAACUUCACGGGGGAGCGGUGCGACGCGUGCGCCGAGGGCUUCACGGGCUUCCCGCGCUGCUACCCGGUGCCCUCCUUCCCCAACGACACCGGGGAGCAGGUGCUGCCAGCCGGACAGAUCGUGAACUGUGACUGCAGUGCCGCCGGGACCCAGGGCAACGCCUGCCGGAAGGACCCGCGGGUGGGGCGCUGCGUGUGCAAACCCAACUUCCAGGGCAGCCACUGCGAGCUCUGCGCCCCAGGGUUCUACGGCCCAGGCUGCCAACCAUGCCAGUGUUCCAGCCCCGGAGUGGUGGAUGGUGACUGUGACCAUGACUCAGGCCAGUGCAAGUGCCGGGCAGGCUUUGAGGGGGCUGCGUGUGACCGCUGUGCCCCUGGCUACUUCCACUUCCCACUCUGCCAGUUGUGCGGCUGCAGCCCUGCAGGGACCCUCCCCGAGGGCUGCGAUGAGGCUGGCCACUGCCUGUGCCGACCUGAGUUUGAUGGCCCUCACUGUGACCGCUGCCGCCCCGGCUACCACGGCUACCCCAACUGCCAAGCCUGUACCUGUGACCCCCGGGGUACCCUGGACCAGCUCUGCGGGACGGGCGGGGUGUGCCGCUGCCGCCCUGGCUACACAGGUGCCACCUGCCAGGAGUGCAGCCCCGGCUUCCAUGGCUUCCCUGACUGUGCCCCCUGCCACUGCUCCGCCGAUGGCUCCCUGCACGCGGCCUGCGACCCUCGCAGCGGGCAGUGCAGCUGCCGGCCCCACGUGACGGGGCUGCGGUGUGACAUGUGUGUGCCUGGUGCCUACAACUUCCCCUACUGCGAAGCUGGCUCCUGCCACCCUGCCGGCCUGGCCCCGGCCGAUCGCACCCUUCCUGAGGCCCCCUGUACAUGCCGGGCUCACGUGGAGGGGCCAAGCUGUGAUCGCUGUAAACCUGGGUUCUGGGGGCUGAGUCCCAGCAACCCUGAAGGCUGCACCCGCUGUAGCUGUGACCUCAGGGGCACGUUGGGUGGAGUUGCUGAGUGCCAGCUGGGCAGUGGCCAUUGCUUUUGCAAGCCCCAUGUGUGCGGCCAGACCUGCGCAGCCUGCAAAGACGGCUUCUUCGGGCUGGACCAGGCUGACUACUUCGGCUGCCGCAGCUGCCGGUGCGACGUUGGCGGUGCGCUGGGCCAGGGCUGUGAACCGAGGACGGGUGCCUGCCGGUGCCGCCCCAACACCCAGGGCCUCACCUGCAGCGAGCCAGCGCAGGACCACUACCUCCCCGACCUGCACCACCUGCGCCUGGAGCUGGAGGAGGCGGCCACGCCCGAGGGCCACGCCGUGCGCUUGGGCUUCAACCCCCUGGAGUUCGAGAACUUCAGCUGGAGGGGCUACGCGCAAAUGACACCCAUUCAGCCCAGGAUCGUGGCGAGGCUGAACGUGACCUCCCCUGACCUCUUCCGGCUGGUCUUCCGAUACGUCAACCGUGGGCCCACUAGUGUGAGCGGGCAGGUCUCUGUGCGAGAGGAGGGCAAGCUUGCCACCUGUGUCAACUGCACAGAGCAGAGCCAGCCUGUGGCCUUCCCGCCCAGCACGGAGCCCGCCUUCGUCACUGUGCCCCAGAGAGGCCUCGGGGAGCCCUUCGUGCUGAACCCUGGCACCUGGGCCCUUCUCGUGGAGGCCACAGGGGUGCUCCUGGACUACGUGGUCCUGCUGCCCAGCGCCUACUACGAGGCCGCCCUCCUGCAGCUGCGGGUGACCGAGGCUUGCAUGUUCCGGCCCACCGCCCAGCGCGCCGGGGAGAGCUGCCUCCUCUACACUCACCUGCCCCUGAACGGCUUCCCCUCUGCCACUGGGCCCGAAGCCCUGUGUCGCCAUGACAACAGCCUACCCCGGCCCUGCCCCCUGGAGCAGCUCAGCCCCUCGCACCCGCUGCUGGCCGCCUGCCUGGGCAGUGACGUGGACGUCCAGCUGCAGGUUGUGGUGCCGCAGCCGGGCGGCUAUGCCCUGGUAGUGGAGUACGCCAACGAGGAUGCCCGCCAGGAGGUGGGCGUGGCCGUGCACACUCCCCAGCGGGCCCCGCAGCAGGGGGCACUCACCCUCCACCCCUGUCCAUACAGUGCCCUGUGCCGAGGCGCCGUCCUGGAUGCCCAGCACCACCUGGCGGUCUUCCACCUGGACAGAGAGGCCAGCGUCCGGCUCACGGCCGAGCAGGCGCGCUUCUUCCUGCACAGCAUCACCCUGGUGCCUGUGGGCACGUUCAGCUCGGAGUUCCUGGAGCCCCGGGUCCACUGCAUCAGCAGCCACGGUGCCUUCAGCCCCAGCAGUGCCGCCUGCCUGCCCUCCCGCUUCCCGAAGCCGCCCCAGCCCAUCAUCCUCAGGGACUGCCAGGUGCUCCCGCUGCCGCCCGGCCUCCCACUGACCCGCUCGCAGGAGCUCACGCCGGGCGCACCCCCAUCCGGGCCCCAGCCUCGGCCCCCCACCGCCGUGGACCCCGAUGUGGAGCCCACCCUGCUGCGCCACCCCCAGGGCACGGUGGUCUUCACCACCCACGUGCCUGCCCUGGGCCGCUAUGCCUUCCUGCUGCACGGCUACCAACCGGUCCACCCCACCUUCGCUGUGGAGGUCCUCAUCAAUGGGGGCCGCAUCUGGCAGGGCCAUGCCAACGCCAGCUUCUGCCCACACGGCUAUGGCUGCCGUACCCUGGUGGUGUGUGAAGGCCAGACGAUCCUGGACGUGACCGACAGCGAGCUCACUGUGACCGUGCGCGUGCCCGAUGGCCGGUGGCUCUGGCUGGAGUACGUGCUGGUGGUCCCUGAGGACGCCUACAGCUCCAGCUAUCUCCGGGAGGAGCCCCUGGACAAAUCUUACGACUUCAUCAGCCACUGCUCCAUCCACGGUUACCAUGUCAGCCCCAGCAGCUCAUCCCCGUUCUGCCGCGAUGCCGCCACCUCUCUCUCCCUCUUCUAUAACAACGGGGCUCGGCCGUGCGGCUGCCAUGAUGUGGGUGCCACAAGUCCCACAUGUGAGCCCUUCGGAGGCCAGUGUCCCUGCCGCGCUCAUGUCAUCGGCCGCGACUGCUCCCGCUGCGCCACCGGCUACUGGGGCUUCCCCAACUGCAGGCCCUGCGACUGUAGCGGCCGCCUCUGUGAUGAGCUCACGGGCCAGUGCAUCUGCCCUCCACGCACCGUCCCGCCUGACUGCAUCGUCUGCCAGCCCCAGACCUUUGGCUGCCACCCCUUGGUCGGGUGUGAGGAGUGUAACUGCUCGGGCCCCGGUGUCCAGGAGCUCACAGACCCCACCUGUGACAUGGACAGCGGCCAGUGCAAGUGCAGACCCAACGUGGCCGGGCGCCGCUGUGAUGCUUGCGCCCCGGGCUUCCACGGCUACCCCGCCUGCCGCCCCUGCAACUGCCACCAAGCAGGCUCUGCCCCCGGCGUGUGCGACCCCCUCACAGGCCAGUGCUACUGCAAGGAGAACGUGCAGGGCCCGCGGUGCGACCAGUGCCGCCUUGGGACCUUCUCCCUCGACGCCGCCAACCCUAAAGGCUGCACCCGCUGCUUCUGCUUCGGGGCCACGGAGCGCUGCAGGAGCUCGGCCCAUGGCCGCCGGGAGUUCGUGGACAUGGAGGGCUGGACGCUGCUGAGCACUGACCGGCAGGCGGUGCCCCACGAGCUGCGGGCAGAGGCGGAGCUGCUCCAUGCAGACCUGCGGCAUGUGCCCGAGGCCUUCCCGGAGCUGUACUGGCAGGCCCCGCCCUCCUACCUGGGGGACCGGGUGUCGUCCUAUGGCGGGACCCUCCGCUACGAAGUGCACUCGGAGACCCAGCGGGGGGACGUGUUCAUCCCCACAGAGAGCAGGCCAGACGUGAUGCUGCAGGGCAACCAGAUGAGCAUCACGUUCCUGGAGCCGGUGUACCCGGCACCUGGCCAUGUGCACCGUGGGCAGCUUCAGCUGGUGGAGGGGAACUUCCGGCACACGGAGACCCACAGCGCCGUGUCCCGCGAGGAGCUCAUGAUGGUGCUGGCCGGCCUGGAGCAGCUGCAGAUCCGCGCCCUCUUCUCGCAGAUCUCCUCGGCCGUCUCCCUGCGCAGGGUGGCGCUGGAGGUGGCCAGUGAGGUGGGCGGGGGGCCUCCGGCCAGCAAUGUGGAGCUGUGCAUGUGCCCUGCCAACUACCGCGGGGACUCCUGCCAGGAAUGUGCCCCUGGCUAUUACCGGGACAUCAAAGGUCUCUUCUUGGGUCGCUGCGUGCCCUGUCAGUGCCAUGGCCACUCAGACCGCUGCCUUCCUGGCUCGGGCGUCUGUGUGGGCUGCCAGCAUAACACCGAAGGUGACCACUGUGAGCACUGCCUGCCCGGCUUCGUGCGCAGUGGGUCUGAGGAUCCCGCGGCCCCCUGUGUCAGCUGCCCCUGUCCGCUCUCAGUGCCUUCCAACAACUUUGCCGUGGGCUGUGCCCUUCGAGGUGGCCGCACCCAGUGUCUCUGCAAACCCGGCUACGCGGGGGUCUCUUGCGAGCGGUGCGCGCCCGGCUUCUUCGGGAACCCGCUGGUGCUGGGCAGCUCAUGCCAGCCCUGCGACUGCAGCGGCAACGGCGACCCCAACAUGCUCUUCAGUGACUGCGACCCCCUGACAGGCGCCUGCCGCGGCUGCCUGCGCCACACCACCGGCCCCCGCUGCGAGAGCUGCGCCCCCGGCUUCUAUGGCAAUGCCCUGCUGCCCGGCAACUGCACCCGGUGUGACUGCUCCCCAUGUGGAACUGAGGCCUGUGACCCCCACAGCGGGCAGUGCCUGUGCAAGGCAGGUGUGACAGGGCUGCGCUGUGACCGCUGUCAGGAAGGACACUUUGGCUUCGAGGGCUGUGGGGGCUGCCGGCCAUGCGCCUGUGGACCAGCCGCUGAGAGCUCCGAGUGCCAUCCCCAGAGUGGGCAGUGUCACUGCCGGCCAGGGACUGGGGGACCCCAGUGCCGCGAGUGUGCCCCCGGCCACUGGGGGCUCCCUGAGCAGGGCUGCAGGCGCUGCCAGUGCCGAGGGGGCCACUGUGACCUGCACACGGGCCGCUGCACGUGCCCCCCCGGGCUCAGCGGGGAGCGCUGUGACACCUGCAGCCACCAGCACCAGGUGCCUGUGCCUGGCGGGUCCAGGGGCCACGGUGUCCACUGCGAAGUGUGUGACCACUGUGUGGUCCUGCUCCUGGACGACCUGGUGCGGGCCAGCGCCCUCCUCCCCGCCAUCCGGGAGCAGCUGCGUGGUGUCAGUGCCAGCUCUGUGGCCUGGGCCCGGCUGCACAGGCUGAACGCCUCCAUCGCCGCCUUGCAGAGCCAGCUGCGGAGCCCCUUGGGCCCCCGCCAUGAGACCGCUCAGAGGCUGGAGAUACUGGAGAGACAGAGCUCGAGCCUCGGGCAGGACGCACAGCGGCUGGACGACCAGGCCACAGGAGCGAGAGCCCAGGCCAGCCAGCUGCUGGACAGCACCGAGGCCUCACUGGGCCGGGCGCAGACGCUGCUGGUGGCCAUCCGGGCUGUGGACAGUGCCCUGGGAGAGCUCGAGUCUCAGACGGAUCGCCUGUCACCAGCCAACGCCUCGGCCCCGUCGGGCGAGCAGCUGCGCCGGACAGUAGCCGAGGUGGAGCGGCUGCUCCGAGAGAUGCGGGCGCGUGACCUGGGGGCCCCGCGGGCAGCGGCUGAGGCUGAGCUGGGCGAGGCCCAGAGACUGCUGGCCCGCGUGCAGGAGCAGCUGACCAGCCUCUGGGAGGGGAACCAGGUGCUGGUUGCCCGCACCCGAGAGCAGCUAGCUCAGCACGAGGCCGGCCUCAUGGACCUACGAGAGGCCCUGAACCAGGCAGUGGGCACCACGAGGGAGGCCGAGGAGCUCAACAGCCGCAACCAGGAACGCCUGGAGGAGGCCCUGCAACGGAAACAGGAGCUGUCCCAGGACAAUGCCACUCUGAGAGCUACUCUGCAGGCUGCCAGGGACACCCUGGCCCAGCUCUCUGAGCUCCUGCAUGGCAUGGACCGGGCCAAGGAGGAGUAUGAGCACCUCGCAGCCAGCCUGGACGGGGCCCGGACACCACUGCUUGAGAAGAUGCGGGUCUUCUCCCCGGCGAGCAGCAAAGUGGGUCUGGUGGAGGCCGCCGAGGCCCACGCGUGGCAGCUGGACCAACUGGCGCUCAACUUGUCCAGCAUCAUCCGUGGAGUCAACCAGGACCGCUUCAUCCAGCGGGCCAUCGAGGCCGCCAGCGCCUACAGCAGUAUCCUGCAAGCUGUGGAGGCUGCCGAGGGUGCCGCCGGCCAGGCGCUGCGGCAGUCAAGCCACACGUGGGCGAUGGUGGUGCAGCAGGGCCUGGCGCCCCGUGCCCGGCAGCUGCUGGCCAAUAGCAGCGCCCUGGAGGAGGCUAUCCUCGAGGAGCAGCGGAGGCUGGGCCGCGCGCGGGCCACCCUCCAGGGUACCGGAACCCAGCUCCGUGAUGCCCGGGCCAAAAAGGAGCAGCUAGCAGCCCAAAUCCAGGAGGCACAGGCCAUGCUGGCCAUGGACACGGACGAGACGAGCCAGAAGAUCUCCCACGCCAAGGCUGUGGCCUUUGAAGCCCAGGACACGGCGGCCCGCGUGCAGUCCCGGCUACAGGAGAUGCAGGAAACCCUGGAGCAGUGGCAGGGCCAGUACGGAGGCCUGCAGGGCCAGGACCUGGGCCAGGCGGUGCUCGAUGCAGGCCGCUCAGUGUCCACCCUGGAGAAGACGUUGCCCCAGCUCCUGGCCAAGCUGAGCCUCCUGGAAAACCGCAGGGCGCACAACGCCAGCCUAGCCCUGUCUGCCAGCAUCGGCCGUGUGCGGGAGCUCAUUGCCCAGGCCCGAGGAGCCGCCAGCAAGGUCAAAGUGUCCAUGAAGUUCAACGGACGCUCGGGGGUGCAGCUGCGUGCCCCUCGGGACCUCUCAGACCUCGCCGCCUACACCGCCCUCAAGUUCUACUUACAGAGCCCGGAGCCAGGCCCCGGCCAGGCCGCUGGGGACCACUUUGUGCUGUACAUGGGCAGUCGCCAGGCCGCUGGCGACUACAUGGGUGUGGCUCUGCGUAACCAGAGGGUGCACUGGGUGUACCGCCUCGGGGGGGCCGGCCCUGCGGCCCUCAGCAUCGAUGAGGACAUUGGGGAGCAGUUCGCAGCCAUCAGCAUCGACAGGACCCUCCAGUUUGGCCACAUGUCCGUCACGGUGGAGAAGCAGAUGAUCCAUGAGACCAAGGGUGACACGGUGGCCCCUGGGGCUGAGGGGCUGCUCAGCCUGCAGCCUGACGACUUUGUCUUCUACGUGGGGGGCUAUCCCAGCAACUUCACGCCCCCCGCACCCCUGCGCUUCCCUGGCUACCGGGGCUGCAUUGAGAUGGACACACUCAACGAGGAGGUGCUCAGUCUCUACAACUUCGAGAAGACCUUCCAGCUGGACACGGCUGCGGAUAAGCCCUGUGCCCGCUCCAAGUCAACUGGGGACCCGUGGCUCACGGACGGCUCCUACCUGGACGGUUCUGGCUUCGCCCGCAUCAGCGUGGAGACUCAGAUCAGCCACACCAAACGCUUUGACCAGGAGCUGCGGCUCGUGUCCUCCAGCGGGAUCAUCUUCUUCCUGCAGCACCAGGACCAGUUCCUGUGUCUGGCUGUGAGGGAAGGCAGCCUCCUGCUUCUCUAUGACUUGGGUGCGGGCCUGAAGGAGGCCGUCCCGCUGCAGCCCCCACCACCCCUGACUGCGGCCAGCAAGGCAAUCCAGGUGUUCCUGCUGGGGGGCAUCCGCAAGCGUGUGCUGGUGCGCGUGGAGAGGGCCACCGUGUUCAGUGUGGAGCAGGAGAACAUGCUGGAGCUGGCCGAUGCCUACUACCUGGGGGGUGUGCCGCCCGACCAGCUGCCCCCAAGCCUGCGGCAGCUCUUCCCCUCCGGAGGCUCCAUUCGUGGCUGCAUCAAGGGCAUCAAGGCUCUGGGCAAGUACGUGGAUCUCAAGAGGCUGAACACGACGGGCGUCAGCUCCGGCUGCACCGCUGACCUGCUGGUGGAACGGGCCAUGACUUUCCACGGCCACGGCUUCCUGCCCCUGGCGCUCCCUGAUGUCACGCCCCUCACGGGUGACGUCUACUCUGGCUUUGGCUUCCGCAGCACCAGAGACAGUGGUCUGCUCUACCAUCGAGCGUCCCCGGAUGGGCUGUGCGAGGUGUCCCUGCAGCAGGGUCACGUGACACUCCGGCUUAUGAGGACCGAGGUGAAAACUCAAGGGGGCUUUGCGGACGGUGCCCCCCAUUAUGUAGCUUUCUACAGCAACACCACAGGGGUCUGGCUCUAUGUGGACGACCAGCUUCAGCAAAUGAAGCCCCACCAGGGGCUGCUGCCCCAGCCCCAGCCCCAGCCUGAGGGGCCCCCUCGGCUCCUCCUGGGGGGCUUGCCAGAGUCUGACACCAUCCGAAACUUCAGUGGCUGCAUCAGCAACGUUUUUGUGAGGCGGCUCGUGGGGCCGCAGCGCGUAUUUGACCUACAGGAGAACAUGGGUGGCGUCAGCGUGAGCUCAGGCUGUGCCCCAGUCCCUGGCACCCAGACCUGGAGGCAGGCACCACAAGGACUGCGGGCUGCAGCGGCUCGCAAGGCCUCCCGCCGCAGCCGGCAGCCCACCCAGGACCCUGCCUGCACACUACCCAGGCCCCUCAGGACCAUCCAAGAUGCCUACCAGUUUGGGGGGCCCCUGUCCAGUUAUCUGGAGUUCGCACACAUCCCAGCAGCCACCGGGGACUGGUCCCACCUCUGGAUGCUUGUCCGCCCUCGCACCCCCCGAGGGCUCCUGCUCUUCGCUGUGCCCCUGACAGCCAGCAGCCCCUCCCUGGCUCUCUUCCUGAGCCACGGACACUUCGUUGCUCAGACGGAGGGCCCUGGGCCCCGGCUCCGUGUCCAGAGCCGCCGGCGUUCACGGGCUGGCCGAUGGCACACGGUGUCUGUGCGAUGGCAGAAGACUCGGAUUCAGCUGGUGAUGGACGGCGUCCGUGCCCGGAGCCAGGAGGGGCCCAGCCAGCAGUACCAGGGCACAGAGGGCCCCCGGCCCCACACUCUUUUUGUGGGGGGCCUCCCUCCCAGUGGCCGCAGCCCCAGACUCCCAGUAGCCGUUAGCAGCUCCAGGUUCAGCGGUUGUGUGAAGAGACUGAAGUUGGACGGGCGGCCCCUGGGGGCCCCCACGCGGAUGGUGGGGGUCAUGCCAUGCUUCUCAGGCCCCCUGGAGAGGGGCCUGUUCUUUGCAGGAAGUGGGGGAGUCGUCACUUUAGACACCCUGGGGGCCACAUUGGCGGACGUGGGUCUGGAGCUGGAGGUGCGGCCCCACACAGCCGGCGGCCUUGUCUUCCACCUGGGCCAGAUCCAGGUGCCCCCCUACCUGCAGCUGCAGGUGUUGGAGAAGCAGGUCCUGCUGCGGGCGGAUGAUGGUGCAGGCGAGUUCUCCACGUUGGUGACACCCCCUGCGGCACUGUGUGAUGGGCAGUGGCACCGACUGGCAGUGACCAAAGGUGGGAAUGUGCUCCAGCUGGAAGUGGACACGCAGAGCAACCACACCCUGGGCCCUGCGCUGCUCACCCUGGCUGACACCCUGGCGCCUCUGCACCUUGGGGGCCUGCCAGAGCCCACAGACGCACAGGCUGGGCCCCCCACCAGGCUGCGCCCUCGGCUUCCAGCCUACCGUGGCUGCAUGAGGAACCUGGUGGUAAACCGGGCUCCCGUCACUCUGCCUCGCUCUGCCGGUGUCCAGGGGGCAGUGGGGGCCAGCGGCUGCCCAGCCACGUAGCACAGCUGCCUCUCUAGGACCCCAGCCACAGGCUCCAGCAGCCGUGCAGGACCCCCAGGCCUGGAGCCCACGGGCAGGCAGGGUCCUGCCUCUCAGAACCCCAGGCCCCUCCACACAGCUUGCUGAGGACACUGCCCUCAGCCCGUUUCAUAGAUGAAG